UCUACCCUUUUCCAAUCUGGAUAACUACAUACACGUCACAUAGUCCAAGUCAAACUUUGCAACUAUACAACACUACAACAGCAGAAUAAGCAGUGACAGUGAGAGUGUGAAUGAGUGAAGGUAUUUUCUAUUUUAUAGAGCAGAGGAACUAUAGAUAGAAUACUUAUUAUUGAAGUAUUGAAUAUUUGCAUUAAUAUUGCAGUAAUCAGUAAAACGAGGAGAAUAAAAUAAAGCAUAUUAUUAGAUAUUAGGCCUACAUAGGCUAGGUGAUUUGGAAGAGAUAACUGGACGAAUUCUAAAAACUGUUUGUAAAGUUUUAUUACUCGAUCUAAUUCUUGGCUUGAUCAUCCUGUAAUUUUGAAACAUGGCACAUUCUAGGCACUCAAGUCAAUCUUGCAUGAAAAUUGAGUCAAAAGUGCAUGAGGAAUGGAGGAUAUCAGCUGGUCGAUUCCAUCAGAAUAUGUAUGAACUUUUCAGUUCGGGACCAGCUUUCAAUGGCUAUCAUAUUGUUGAGAAAGAAAAUCUUGCAGAAAAGAUAAGAAUUGCAAUAUUGGGAUGUGACAACAGUGGGGAAUUGACAGAAAAAUGUAGAACAUUGAUUGCCAAGUUGAAGGAGAAGAUUGUGAAAUUAUCGCCAGAAAUUUAUCGCAAAAAUGGGAAGGCAGUAGUGGCUAUUGUGUAUGUGAACGUGCUCCUCAAUGAUGACAACUGUUAUCAUCAAUCUCAUGUUUUGUUUCGUGUGCCGAAAUUUGUGAAGAAAGAGGAGGAAUGGGAAGAGAAAGAGAAAGAGGAAUGUGCAAAAUUUACAGGAGAUACUGUUGAGAUUGAAUAUAGUUCAGGUGGGAAACGGGUAUUUUGUUUGAAAGAUGUUGAGACAGCUUGUUUUGUGGACACAAACCUGCGUGUGUAUGACAGUUGUGAUGCUUACAAGAAGAACAACCUGUUGCCAAAGGGUAGAAUGUGUCUGCCUCAGAAUGGUGUCUACAAGUUGGGUGAGGAUGGAAAUGUGUUAAUCGAGAUUCUGGACACGCCGUGCAGCAACGAGGGACUCCUCGAGCUGAUGGAUGCAAGCACCUCAGUUCUGGGCCAGGUGGGAAGUGUCAUCUGUGUGUCAACCUUAUUCAGCCCGGUAGGUGUGGUGGCCUGGGGAGGAUUGAGCAUGAUGACUGGCAGCUGCCUCUACUCAUGUGGCAGGAGUGUUAGCAAACUGAUCGAUCGAACCUGUCAUGAUCAAGAGCUGUCAUUGGAGGACAAGGAGGCCAGGCAUCUGUGGAUUGACAGCGUCAUCUCAGGCGCCGUUGUUGUGGCUGGUUGCAAGGUACUUGUAAGUGGGUUCACAGCGUUGCGCGCCAAUAGCUUCAAUCUCUCCUCAAGGGAAGUGGCUGCCGUGUGGCUUAGAAACUCCACGCUGAUUGUUACCUGCAGUGGGUCAGGUGUGCUUCAAACCAUCCUCACUCGCGUCUUCGACAGAAUUCUGCUCAACGACUGGUCGGAUGUCAAGAGCUUUAAAAAUGUGUUGGCCUUAUUUUUCAACAUCUUCUCACCUCUGGAAACCAUCAAACAUUUUCUAAAAAACAUCUUGACCAUCUCAAAGUCUUUCUUCACUAUUGCUUCCUCAGUCAAGAAUUACUUGAAAUUUAAAUUAGAUAGCUUAUCACAACAUGUUUGUUCAAGUCUGGAAGAUCUAAUGAAUAUUGCUAAGAUUACUGGAAAGUUCCUGUUCACAGUGUCUGUCGGUCUUUUAGAUAAACGAUACAAAGACAUACAUGACAAUUUCAAAGAUCUUCUGUCUGGGAAAAUUACUGUUGUAACAUUCACAUUGAAAAUGUUAGAAAACGUUGAAACUAUCUGGUCGUGGUUUUCAGAAUCGUUUGAAAAUGCAAAACACGAGUAUCGUCGGUUAUGUGAUGAGAAAAUCGCCAGCAACAUUGUCAAACAAGCUGAUCUAGACAACGCUGAGAAUCUAAGGAAAAUGUUUUUCGAGUUUGAUAAUGCUAUCAAAAACUGCGAAGUUGACAGUGAGGAUAAAAGUCACAUGAGGAGUCUGAUCAAGCUUGCCAACGAUUUCAAGUUGAAGCUAGAUGCUGAUUGCUCUUGUAAUGAGUUUUUGUGCAGUGUUAGAGUGGUUUGCGCCUUUGUUGUGAGAGAGUACCAGCAGGAGAAGAGCAACUAUGACGCAGAUAUUGCUUUCGAAAGGAAAAUGCAGGUUAGUGAUUUUGAGGAAGAUAAGUUCAAUGAGCGGUGGGGUUUGGAGAAAAAUGUCACCCCUGGAACACAUUUUUUUAAAAAGGCCAUUGAGCAAACUGAGAGUAAAUUCUCAGAAAUGUUUGAUAUUUACAGGAGAAUGGCCAAACAGAAUGCUUACAAAGCUAUUCCCAGUUUACAGAACGGUAACUUCAAGCAGUAUCUGAUCAUGAAACCAUCGGAAGUGACUGUAGGAACAAAUGAAGAGUGGCUGAAUCUCUUCAAAAAUCUGACUGGGAUUGCAGCUGACAAAAAUGUUGAAAUGGUCCGCGAGUUGAAAGAUGAUGGAGAAGUUAUCUUGAUAACCCCGAAAAUUGACAGUUUGGGCUUUGUUCUGGCAUCUUUCUGCAUCAAGGAAAAAACUCCUCAAGUGAAAGGCAUUCUACACGUAUGUACUUCAGUCAGCGAACAGAGAUAGUUCAACCUGAUUGAUUAUAUGUAUUAUAUUCAAUGAAGUUUAUUUUGUGAAAACGCCAAUUAUCCGAAUAUUUGAUUAACCGAAUGGGGUCCAAUCCCAAUUAAUUUGGAUAAUUAGAGUUCUAAGGUACUGUACCAGAAUAUUCCAUCUUAAUCACAAUAACUUAUUAUUAGUAUGGCGACUAUCAAAUUUUAUCAAAAAAGUUUAAUCUCCAUCCAAUCCUACAACUUUUCAGGAAUACUAGAAUAUUGGAAAUAAAAUUCUUCUUAAACAAAUUACUACUGUUAAAUUAGAGAAUGUUAAAUUCACUGUCACAAUUCGAUAACGUCUCAUUUAGGCAACGCUGAUAUUUUGUUGAGUGGAGCAUCAAGUCUAGAUUUUUAAUGUAUUUAAAUUUAAACUGGUGCAAUAAGAAUAUUAAUCUUAUUCGAAAAUUCGAUUACCUAUCAAUUGACAAUUUUUAUACAAUUUGUAGAGCACAUCUAGCUGGUAUCUCAAGGUUACCGUAAUAGAUAAGUAGGUGCAAUUAUAGUUCAUGUAUCAUUUCCAUUCAUAUCCAGCCACGCACAAGUCUGGAGCUAAUGAGGACAUCACCCUAAAAAAAACCAUUACAUCAAGUACUACUUAAGGGACCAUUGUUUGAUGCAAGCUAGAUAGAAUACUGAAAAAUAUUCUACUGUAAAGUAUUCUUUAUAUUAUAGCCUAAUGCAUAGUUGUCUAUCUGCCUUAGUUUGAUGUUGAAUCACAUGUGCAGUAAUCUACUAUUCUAUACGAAAAAAGGAAUUAAAUUCCACUACAAGAAAAACGUUUCAGCUAAGCUACAAUUUUUGUGCAAAACAAUAAACAAAUUAAAUUAUCGAAUUUUAUAAUACACUAAUGAAAUUAGCUAUUUUUCAAAAAGGAUUUAAUAUUAUGAACCUGUAGUGAGAUUCACGUUUUAAAGUCAGCACCCGUUUAACAUUGGUUUGCUGUCCUUGUCUCUCAUUAGACAAAGCAGAUAGCUCUAUCCUUUUCCAACUCUGCACCGUUGCUAUAUCGUGUGUGUAUACUAUGAAGAAAUUUUAUGAACUACCAAAAUAUUCAUUCUCAAUUACGUAAGUUUAUUAUUAAAUAAUGAAAAGAUAAUACUGUAUUUAAUAACUGGAUUAUCUUUAAAAGAUAAUAACUGGGAUGAUUUGGAUAAUAUAAUAUAUCUCAGAAACAUGAACUCGACAACUAUGCCGUUCUAUUAUUUCCAUGGUCUUUAUAAAGGUGAAUCUUACUAUAGGCUAUAUAAUUCACGUUGAAAUUGUUUAUUCAUAGGCCUAAAAUACAAAACAUGAGAAUGCCCUGUGAUGUCAAAGCAGUUGAUUGGUUUUAUCGUCUUUUAAGUUAUAUGCAUGAAUUAAUAGAACGUUUCUCUAUUACUUCUUGUAUGUAUGGCAAUCUGCCUCUCAUAACUAGUGAAUAUUAAAUAUUGCUUUUCAAUUUAUAGCUUUUACCGUCUCUUAUGUUAUAUGCAUGGAUUAAUAGAACGUUUCUCUAUUACUUCUUGUAUGUAUGGCAAUCUGCCUUCCAUAACUAAUGAAUAUUAAAUAUAGCUUUUCAAUUUUUUCAAACAUAAGUAGUAUAUAAUUAUAAUAAUAUUGACAUAAUCAUUUAUGAUCAAUCUAUUCAUCUCACUUGAAAAUUAUCAAAUUUAUCAUAUUUUAUCACUUUCCACCCGUUUACUCCAAUGUUUCUCUUAUUUCAUUACAAUGGAAAUAAUUUCUUUUAAAUUAUAUUAUAAAUGAAAUAAGGUGUCUUCAAAAGUAGGAAAUGUACUAGCAGGAACUCCUAUAUACGGUACAUAUACCUUUCGCUGUAUAUAAGAGGUCCUGGUACCAUUAAUAGUGAGGUCCAAUGGCAGUGAACGAUAUGUGAACAGCGUUGCCGAUUCUCUGCCUUGCCACUGCCUUCUAUAUCGGUUAGCUUAAAGGUACUACCAUAAUAUUAAGUGUUCUUUCCUGUUUAAAAUAAUCAAUUAUGUUUUAUUUAUCAAGAAAAUUUAUUUUUCAAUGAUUAAAUAAUACAUUUCCUUAAUUGAGAUUGAAUAUUUUGUUAUUAUAUUUCUACAUUGUUGAAAAACGGUCUGGCAACGUUUCGGAGCUAGAAAAGGUUAGCGCUAUCUGCUUUGUAGAAUGAUAGACAGGGAUAGCAACACCAAUGUUAAUUAAAUAAAUACUGUCACUUUAGUAAGUUAAUUCUGUGAAAACUAUCAAGUAGCCUGUAGCGCUGUAGAAAUGAAUAUGAAUGAAAUAGUUUAUAAUUUAAUAUUGUCAAUGAUCCUUUUCAUGGAUCAUCGUAUAUUUGUUUUGUAAAACGUUCCCAACUUCCCAUGUUUCCAUUGAUCCAUUCUCAGUUUGAAGAUCUUGCUUCUUUGUUUUUCUAUGAUUUGCUUUUAACAACUUUGAUCGAUAGAACAUAGCUAUAUAAUCGAUGCAUAGCUAGCUAAUGCUACAGUAACUAUAUAAACUGUUCUAUAGCCUGUUCUAUAAACUGUUCUAUAGUUACUGUAUCUAAUACUUGAUAAUAAGUACCAUGCAUUUGUCUAUAAUAUACAUAUAGUACAAUACUAAUAUGAGUAUUUAUAGUGGCAGAAAUUGUAGUAUUUUAUAGUAUAUUUUAUAUUUUAGUAUAAAGUACUAUUUUUUAAUUCAAUAAAAAAAUAUUCAUAUUGAUACAAAAUAGAUUUUCAUUUCAAUAGGGUGGAACAAUUCUAACUCAAUCUUAUGAAAGUAUUAAAAAUUCAAUUUAUUGAUAAAAUCGUUUUCCCAAAAGACUCACUUUUUGUAACAAGUUUUAUAAAAAUAAAAAUAUGAAUACUUGAGUUUUAUAUUAUAAUAUACUCUGCAAACAACAAUUUGUAUCAAUGCUUUUCUAUUGCAUUAAAAGGAAAUGUAUUCUUGGGGAUAA